CGUGCAUCGGUAAGACCAGUUUAACUAAUGCAUACUAAUUAUCUUUUGUCACUUCCUGCUGCCCGUGAACGAAGCAUCAAGUGUUGAUACUGUAAUGAAAAACAUGAUGACAGAAUUGUGAGUCAAAACACAUGUGCCACCAUGUCUGUUACACAUCCCUUGCUCAAGAUUCUCAAAGUUGCUCUUCUGGAGUUGUACAAUGAGGGAGGCAAGAUUUAUGACACAAACUUAAAUCUAGUUCCCUUUUGUCGUGCUCUGGAGGACAUAUUUCGCCUGGGUCUUCAAAGGAAUCAUGGGCACUGGUUCACAAAAGCGGACUAUUGGACAGUCUUUAUCAAAUUUGGAGACAAGGCUGGUCCAGGACUUUUUCAUCUGAUCAAGUUUGUGAAAGAUAAUCAGAAGGCAAUGACAGAUCAAGGCAGAGGAAGGUUAUUUAUUCGAGCCUGUCUUGUGAAGAAAGACCUGGCGUCCUUGGUGCAGAAGUUAAGGGAUGAUACAGCCUUUAUUGAGAUGUGGUAUGAUUCGACGUCCAUACUCCGCGAUGAUAUUUUGUCAGAAAUAUUCCUCUCUCUCCUGGCUGAGGUUCAGAACAUUCCGUUCAGUUUAUAUUUGAAAAACGCCAGCUUCCUGGACACUACCUGGGACAUGGCUGAGUACAGAGACUAUGAAUUCGUCCCAUGCAAUGUACUAGGAGUCCACUUACACUAUGUGGACACGCAUCUUGUGGUCACUGAUGUGGACGCUGAAAGUGUUGCUGCUGAAGAUGGUAAGAUAAGCGUUGGUGAUGUCAUGGAUGAGCUGUAUACAGAGAGCCUUCGAGGGGCAAAGAGAGGAAAGGUGAGGGAUCUGUUCCAGUUGUACAAGGGGAUGCCAGUCUAUGUCAGUUUUGUCAAGGCUCGCCUGCCAAAUGGUGAAAUCUACCGGCCCAUCGCUCAGCUGCUGAGAGAGGUGGAUAUUGACCUCUCUCACAUGCCCAUCAAAGGAGAGCCUCCAGCUGACAACUCUGUCUAUCGCAAGCCAGCUCAUGCUGUUCUGCCGGAGGAAGAAAAAGAUGAGAUUCCCGUUCAUGGGCCGGAUGGAAAGGCAGAGUUCACUGUAGUCUACAGAGGGUUUUAUCCCUUAGCAGAGGACGGCCGUGUUGAUAGAAUUCAUGAUUCCAUUGAGAAUGUCAUCACAGAUUCGGGUCGGAGAAAAGAAGUCGUUAAGAUUGAAACAACUGAGACAGGUGUGGAGGUGCGCAGAUUGUCUGACAAUGAGUUACUUCUCAACCAUUCCUACACGGAAGUGUCAGCUUGUGGGAGACGUACAGAUAUGCUUCUGUAUUUUGGAUACAUUGCUGGGGAGACAACCUGCAAUAUGGCCAAGGAUUUCAAAUGCUAUGUCUUUGAAAGUGAAGAAGCCUCAGAGGCUAAGAUCAUCCUGUGUAGUAUUGGUGAGUAUUGAUGGGUAAUGUUGUUGGCUGUAACAGAAAGAGAUUUUUAGAAAGAAAAAACACAUUAUUUGAUCCUUGUGGGGAAAUGUGAUUUGUAGAGGCAAGUGCAAUAGGUAACAUACAAUAAAUAGGUAGCGUAAACACUCCGCGUAAACACUCCGCGUAAACACU